GCCCCCGGCGGCCAUUAGUGGCGCGGCGCCGUGGCUGCGGGGGCGGGCGGUGCUGUGCGCUCUGCUCCGCUCCGCUCGGCGCUGCCGCUGCUCCGCUCGGCGGGGCGGCCGCUGCUCCUCUGCUGCUGCCGCUGCUCGGGGCGGCGGGGCCUGCGGCUGCUCAGCCCGAGGAGGAGGAGAAGGAGAGCGGCGGGGAGAGAGGCAGGCGCCGGACCCCGCGGCGGCGGCGGCGGCGCUGCCGCGAUCGGCUGCGCUCGGCUCCCCCAUGGCCGCGGGCUGCAGGGACGGCCCGGGGCAGGAGAAGUACCGGCUGGUGGUGGUGGGCGGCGGCGGCGUGGGCAAGUCGGCGCUCACCAUCCAGUUCAUCCAGUCCUACUUUGUUACGGAUUAUGACCCAACGAUUGAAGACUCCUACACCAAGCAAUGUGUGAUAGACGAGAGAGCUGCACGCUUGGACAUUCUGGAUACAGCAGGACAAGAAGAAUUUGGAGCGAUGCGUGAACAGUACAUGAGGACAGGGGAGGGUUUUCUGCUUGUUUUCUCAGUCACAGAUAGAGGAAGUUUUGAAGAAAUUUAUAAGUUUCAGAGACAAAUCCUUAGAGUGAAAGAUCGUGAUGAGUUUCCUAUGAUUCUAGUUGGCAAUAAAGCAGAUUUGGACCACCAAAGACAGGUGACACAAGAGGAAGGCCAGCAGCUAGCACGGCAACUUAAAGUAACCUACAUGGAAGCCUCAGCAAAAAUCAGAUUGAAUGUAGACCAAGCUUUUCAUGAACUUGUCAGAGUUAUAAGGAAAUUUCAGGAACAAGAGUGCCCUCCUUCACCAGAGCCAACACGGAAAGAAAAAGACAAGAAAGGCUGCCAUUGUGUUAUUUUCUGAGAAUCCCAAGAACCAAGCUAUCAACUGCCAGAUUAUUUUUUUUCUUUCCAUCAUUUUUACAUCACUUCUGGUAUUGGUCUAGCCUUAUUAUGUGCAUGUCCUAAAAGUGGUCACCAGAAUAGCCUUAGUCCAAGAAGCUGGCAGAAUAGUUCUUGAAGAAGACUCGGUCAUCCUGGGGCAGACUUCAAACCAAAACACUAAGGCUGCUUCUCUAAUACCACAGUUCCUUCCUUCUCUCCCUUCAGAGCUUGCACCUUGUGGAGUUUUAUUCGCAAAGGAGAUGAAACAAAACCGUGUAGGACAAGGUGUUGAAGUGAUGCAUAAGUUGUCUCUUGUGAAUUAAUUUAUUUUUACUUCUGACAUUUCAUUAGCUAUUAUAGAGACCUAUAUUGAAGUACAGAGAAUACUUUUUAAAAAGGGGGUGGAUUGGCUUUUUUUUUUUCCCUCAGUUAAAUUAGACUUGAGUAUUCAGCUAGCCUUAAGAAACCUACACUGAAUUUCAUUGUCAGCUAAAAUUUUCAUCUCUCAUUUAUGCUGCAGUUUUAUUUUGGUGGCCAAAACAGUCUACUGUAUUUAUUUUAUGAAUCCAGAACAGCUACAGGAUGAUUACUGCUACUAUUAGGAUAUGGCCAAAUACCUGAGCUCAUUCUGGAUUGAGGCAUUUCAGCUUAAGAAAUUUCACAUUAUGUUUGAAAACAAAUUGUGUCUUCCUUUGUAUUUCUGGGUAAGGGAUUAAGGAAAACUAAAUUGUAGCUGUUUUUGUUUCAUGUGAUAUAAAAUUGAAUUUGAUCUUUCCAUUGUCAGAGAUGAUUAAAUGUUUUUGCUAUAUACUUUUAUACAUUAUUUUCUUAUCAAACUAGUUAACAAGUAUUUUUAUAUGUUUGUAAGCAAAUAUGCUUUCACAGCAUAACUUGUGUAUAUGUAAAGAUGAGUAUUUAAUUCUCACAGUUCACUUUUAACUGACAAAAUGUGGGAUUUGCCAAACUGUGGUAAACUACUCCUUACCUUUCCGGUUAUACCCAAGAAUGGCCAAUUAUGUGCCUGCCCAGCACACCCAUAGAGUAAAAUCUAGUGUUGUCUUUUAAUGAAUUUCAGUAUCCCUUACUAAAGACUGACCAUUAUGUGAAUUAUUAAACUGUAAGACUUUUAACUGAUUGUUUAGUUAAACUGUGGAUGGUUGUUUAAUUUUGAGUUCUGUGGAUUGUGUUUAAACAAUUCAAGAGUAUGGUCCCUGAUAUUGAAAUACUGAGUGGUAUUGCACAGUUGUCACCUUACUGAAUGUGUCCAACAGUUCUUUGAAACUUGAUUAUUAAGCAAACCCUUGUAUAACUUCAGGUGCUAGAAUUAAAGAUGAUCUAACCAUUA